AUGGUGCUCGCCGUCGCUGCACCUCCAUCCAAGCGCAGGCGGCUCGACUCUUUCCACUCCGACUCGGAGCGCGACGACGACGUCGACGACGAUGAUGAGCGCGAUGAUGAAGACAACGAUUCGGAAUCCUCGUCCCGCUCUCCGUCCCCGGCAGCAGGUGCACACGCCAUCGCUCACAUGAUCUCUUCCCAGCGUCAUCCCUCCACCAAAACCAAAACCACCGGCGCGAUAGAUCCCUCGCUCGACGACACGCCAUCCGCCUCCUCCCCUGCAAAACAUCGAUGCGACAUCUGCUCAAAGACCUUCGCACGCCACGAGCACAUGCUCCGCCACCGUGCAUCCCACACCGACUCCGCCUCAUUCUCCUGCGAAGACUGUGGUAAAAGAUUCCGCAGAUCCGACGUCCUCCAGCGUCACCGCCGCCUCCACGUCACACGCAAGGAACUCAACCUUGACGAGUCAAACACGAAACUCACAAAGCGCCAACGCUCCGCACUCGCUCGUGUAGAGGCCGCCUGCCUCCGCUGCUCCUCCAAAAAGCUCAAGUGCGACGCUGCAAAACCUUCGUGUGCCCGCUGCCGUCGUUUGCCGGACACCGCCUGCGUCUAUCCCGCCCACUCCGACACCGCUCCCUCCUCGCCCACGCACAACGUCGACGACGCCUGGGGUAAUGACCCUCCUCUCGCCUCCUUUGCCGCACACACCAAUUCCCCGCCCAUCGCCAGCUCCACACCUUACCCUGCCCAGGCAUCCGCCGCUAGUCCAGCCACUUUCGCUCAGCAACCUCCCUCCCUUCUCGACACCCACUUCUCCGCAUCUUCCAUAUCCUCGUCCACGCCCGUCGACCUCCAGCCUCAAUCUUUGCUCUCCGGCCCCCCUGCCAACUACAUUCCGGCCACUCACAGCCUCACGCACAUGCUCCACGCUCCUCCGCCUCCCGUCGAUGCAAAUGCUGCCAACGCACAACGCACGCUCCACGACCUCAUCGGAUGGCUCGACGGGCCUCUCGUCCAGGAACGCCCCGACCCCGAAAAGAUCGACUGGAUCUUUGGCGACAGCCCAGAAGCCCCUCAGCUCCUCGACUGGGCACAGAUGUACGAGUGGGCCGAUUUCGACCUCGCCGCUCGUCCCAACGCCCUCGCUCCCUCCUCCUCGGACGCCUUGUCCGCGCUACCCUCGUUCGAGCAAGCUCAAGCGCAGCCACAAAAUACCCUGACUCCCCACCAUCGCCAUGUCUCCAACGCCACGCCCAUUCAGCAAAACAGCCCGCUCUUUGUCCUCAGCUCCGCCGCAGAGAUGCUCGACUUUGGUCAGCGCUCUUCGCAAGCCUUGAACGACUCUGGAGCCGCCAAGACGCCAAUGCCCCCAAUCGGCGUGGACGAGCCCAAUCGCUCAGCCGAUGCACUACCUCCAGACAACAGAGCCGUCACCACAGGCCGUUCGCGAUGGAAUAGCCCCGAGCCCGCAGAAGACGACCUCGUCACUAGCGACUCGGCUCGAUCCGAUCCCUCCGACUCGAAGCGCGGUUCGCAUAGCGCAGACACCGCAGCCGCCUUGGCUGAUCGCCUGCGUCCCGCCCGCCACGCCAAAACCUCCAGUGGCCGCAACGCCGCCGCGUCCCAGGCCUGGCCCAACCGCUGGAACCCGGCCAUCAAGGAGAAUUCGCUGCCCAGCUUCACCUUCACCCGCGCCUCCGAGGAGCACCUCAUGGCCGAGGACAUGGCCCACGUCAAGCGCAUCGGUCAUGGCGCCAUGCACCUCAAGAACGCCGCCGAAGGCCCACUCGAAGAGGAGCGCUUCAACGCCGCUUUUGCCUCGCUCGACGCGGCCACGCUUAACGUCUACCUCCAGCUCUUCUUCCACCACUGCUACUCGUACCUGCCCGCCAUCCACCAGGUCACCUUCCAUCCCGACCGCUGCGAUCCCCGUCUGCUCGCUGCACUCUGUGCAGUCGGAGCCUUCUUCUCCGAGAUCCCGGGCAGUCGCAAUGCUGCCAUCUACCUCGCCAGUCUCGACCAGAUCAGCGUCAGUCGUGCCACGCUCUCCAACAACGCACUCGCACGCGUCACCUCGACCUUUCAGUCGAUUCUGCUCGUCUACAUGAUCUGGCGCAGUGUCGGCGUACCCUCUCGGCAGGAGUAUGCCGAGGCUUUCAGGUCAACCUACUGCACCAUGAUCCGGCGCGCUAGGCUGCUCGAGAAUAUCGCUCCGCCCAAGUUGCCGGCACGCGCAACCAUCGACGAGCGAUGGACUGCCUGGAUUGCUUGGGAAUCGGGCCGUCGUACCGCGUGGUCCACGCUCGUGUCCGAGACUGAGCUCUCGGUCCACUGGAACUUGCCCGAAGCUUUCGCGCCCAACGAGAUCACGGGCAAAUUGCCGUGUGACGAUCGGCUCUGGGAAGCACCUACGGCGAUCGAGUGGAUGCAGACCGCAAAGAUGCUCGCGCCUCCGCUGAGGGGACUGCAGCCGGGCGCAGGCGAUGGCAUGCCCUCGAUUGUGGCCGACGAAGCAGACGAGCAUUUUGUCUGGCCCGAUAGCUCGAGCCAGCUCGACGUGGCCACCGCGUGCGACAUCAUUCAGCGCUAUGCACAAGCGUCUCCCAACGAUGCCGUCGCGUCGGUCACCGAGGAAGAAAAGGAGGCACUUGCGCGACUUUCUCCGUUCAGCAGGCUGUGUGUUGGCUCGGCUGUCAUGCUGUCCACGCAUCACACGAUGAAGAUGGUUCGAUUCUGUCCGAUGCUGCUCGGCGACGAGGAGCAGGCGCGCGAGAGGAUGCGCAACUACCUCGGCUCGGCCACCGACCUGCUCAGCACCAACCAGGUGCGCGAUGCGCGCGUCGACCUGCUGCUGCACGCCAUCCAGCUCUUCGAACUCAUCUCGCCCGAGAUGCUCCAGCUGCUCUCGUGUCGCCGCGGCGUGCCUCGCAUGCAGGCUGCGCGCAACGAGCUCAACGCCCAACUCAACCAGGCCAAACCGUGGAAGACCAGAUGCAUCGUCUUUCAUGCUGGGCAGAUGCUGCGCCUAGCAAAGCAGAGUCUGCAGCGAGCUCCCGUCGAGUGUCUCCACAUCUUCUACGCUGCCAUCGCCCUGCAAGCUGUGUCGCUGUUGGUGCUUCAGAACUCGGCAGGUGCACCGUCGGGGACGAUCUAUCGCAUCGCCUUCAACGGGCCUGCUCGGUCGGCGGUUUCACAGGGAACGGCCGAUGCGGGAUCGACGCGGGUGUGGCGCUCUGGAUCCUCAGCCUCGAUCGCCUCAUCCACAUCGCCCUCGAGCGCAGGCGCUUACAGCUCGGCAGCCACCAGCAUCAACAGCAUGGAUGCGGCAGAUGCGCGCUCAGCACCUACGACAUUCAUGCUCGAAUCGGUCGGCAACCUCGCACACCCGCUAGCACCCGAACGCAUCUUGUCGCUCGCGUCAAAGUGGCUCCGCGCCGAUGAUGGCGUGGGUGUCUGGCCAAUCGGUCAAUCACUCGCCAAGAUCCUCGACUCACUAGCUGCACUGACGCCUCGACGCACGGAUGCCACUUGA